GGUUGGUCAACAAGCUGCAUGCUGACAACCCUCUUUGAUGUCCAUACCUACAGAAAACAACUUUGCGGCUGCCACGCCUCCUCUUCCUCCUCCUGUGACUCCGACCUCCGCUGCCGGAGCCGGCCCCCUUCCCUCAGCUGGCUGACACAGGCAUCACGAGGAAGACACGCUAAACACGGUCCUCCUAAGUCCUCCGACUUAGGCGGGACAAAUGUCUUUCCCGACAUCAUGAGGAAUCUUUUUGGAAGGUCCAGGUGACGAGGUGGCGUUUGCAGCAUGAGUGGGAAGAUGAAGAGGAGCGGGAUGGUUCUCAGAUGGCGCAAGUCCUUCUCCAUCUUGGCUCCAUGGAGGAAAGGCAAAGAUGGCGACACGGUGAUGGACAGAACGGUCGUGCUGACAAAAAUGAAGCUACUCAGCAACGUCACCGAGAGACUUUUAAUGGCGGACGACUCCUCUUCCAGCUGCUCCACAGCUUCAGAGCAGAAGAUGCCACCUCGCUCCAAAGACUCUUCGCCGGACUCCCUGUCGGGACAGCGGCAGGCCGACCCCGCCGAGAAGUACCUGUCUGCCAUUUUGUCAGGCUCUCAGUUGAGCAGGUUGUACAAGUUUCAGUCAGAGGACUCUGGAGUGGAAUUAUCCAGUGGCGCCAACUCUCCGUCCACUCCGACGGGCUCUGAGCAGAACUUUAUGGUCCACAGCCGUGAGUCCUCCUGUGACUCGUGUCAUUUAAAGUCAGACGGUGACCAGCAAACAAGACGAGGACGGAGACCUGCCAGUCCAGCCUUGGACGCAGACCUGCACAUUGGCGAGGUCCAGGAAAUCCAUGGGUUUGGUGUGUCACCAAGGAACCUGAAGGACACGGACAAGCUUGAGGAGAACACAGAAGAAGAAUUCACGGACAAGGCAGACACGGAGACGGAGUCUUUAAAGGGGAGUGCUACCUGUGACGGUCUGGACCAGUACAUGGACCAAUGCUGCAGACUCAGUCAGAUGUAUGACUACCGGCUACCUACCCAGGUCCAGCAGUCGGGCUCCAAUCCACUGGGGUCAGGACUCGGGUACCUGGAGCACAUCUGCCAGCUUGUUGAGAGAAUCGGCCACCUGCAGGAGACCAACCUUCAGCUUCAGAAGCAGAUCUGCCGCUUGCAGAAGGAUGGAGGGAUGACAAAGACCAAAGAGGACUUCUUCCGACAUCACUGCUGCUGCGGCGCAGCGAGCCUGGCUUUCCAGGACAAAAGCCAGGCCUGGUCACCCGGCGGGACGCUCCGUGAUCUGUCAAGCAUUCCCGAGGCCACGCAGCACCAACUCCAUUCCACCCGGGAAGACAUGAGCGGUUUGAUACCCGAGCCCCUGUGGCGGAGAAGUGACCACUUCCACACUGAUAGGCCAGAAGGGCUUCCCACUGUCUAUCGGCCGAUGAGGGACUACCACACGUUGGGUCGGGUUAAAGACCUGGUGAAGAGAACUAAGUUGGGACUGUCCAGCACCUCCUUGAAGACGUCGUGUCCACAGUUGUACAGGCCCGAUCUGGGACGAGAAGAUCUUGCUGGCAGAAACAGGAACUCCAUGAUUGUCUUGGGACACCACGGCAAAGUGGACAUCCCCUGGCUGCAGUAAACCCCCAGAUGGCGUCACACAGACGAAGACUGACGGUGAUUCAAAACGGGAAGGGGAAUGAAAAGAACGAAGACUGGAAACGAGAAAGGAGUCCAAGCCGAAGAUGCCAGAAAGGCGGAAAGAAAGUCUAUGGAAUUUAGUUCGCAUUCCAAACAAGCUGCACAGGAACUUGGUCAAAUGACCUUCAUUUACUGUACGAGCGUGCGUUUACAUGGCAAAAGAAUCAUAAAGGUGCAAUAACCGAUCAUUAUUUGAUAAUAAAACGAUGUUUCCCAAGUGGCGGACAUGUUGGCGUGCAUGCAGAUGUAUCGUAUAUUAACGGUUACAUAAGAUCAAAACUGUGCUCCUCGCUCCUCUUUACUCCUCCAUUUACUCCGACAAAGGCUGCUCUGCUUUUCUUUCUACGGUGGAAACAAUUUUUUGAUUUUGAUUUUCAACCCCAGCGUUUGGCGCCAUAACCGAAACGGAGCGUAUGUUGCUUGCACAUUUACUCGUGGCUUUGUCCACAAUCUUACGGAGAUUGGCGGAUCAUAAAGGAUCUCUGCCAGUUGGCAUGGUCUCCCUUUGCAUAUCAUAUUUGAUAUCUUAUCUAAGACAGCUUUUCCGCUUUUGGCCUUUGUGGUCAUUUUGUUGUGUGGUUUGACUGCAGUGACAAUAAAGUUUUCAUACACGGACAAAGCUUUCUUCCUGUUAGUAGCUGUGGCCUUUUUGAUCUGAUCAACCAAUCAGAACUGGCGGCCUGUCUCUAUGAUCUGAUCAACCAAUCGGAACUGGGGUCCUACCCAUUUUGAUCUGAUCAACCAAUCGGAACUGGGGUCCUACCCCUUUUGAUCUGAUCAACCAAUCAGAACUGGCGGCCUGUCUCUAUGAUCUGAUCAACCAAUCGGAACUGGGGUCCUACCCCUUUUCAUCUGAUCAACCAAUCGGAACUGGGGUCCUACCCCUUUUCAUCUGAUCAACCAAUCAGAGCUGGUGGCCCGCCUCUUUGAUCUGAUCAACCAAUCGGAACUGGGGUCCUACCCCUUUUGAUCUGAUCAACCAAUCGGAACUGGGGUCCUACCCCUUUUGAUCUGAUCAACCAAUCGGAACUGGGGUCCUACCCCUUUUGAUCUGAUCAACCAAUCAGAACUGGCGGCCCGCCUCUUUGAUCUGAUCAACCAAUCAAUAUCAGAAAUCUGGUUGGCUUUAAAAAGCCAAAGUCAGAUUAGAUUGACAUGGCAACACUUGGCUCGAACCGUUAACAUUCCGGAUGUCCUUCAUGACGAAUACCGAAGGUGCUUACUAGUGGAGAUUCGAAACUGAGGAUUGCGCUCCAAAGUCCAGAACGCUAACCACCACACCAUGGCGGGCUCUACUGGAAGCACGACUGCUGGGAAUAAAUUAGCCUUCAAGGAAAAGGUUUGAAAUGUAGGUCAGUGCUUCUGCUCAUGGUUAGGCCAGCAGAGAUGACCUUGCUGACCCUGAGUACAUAUCGGCAUCUUCCAUCUCCAUUUUUGUCCAUUUUUGCACGACUCUAGGUAGCAGGAGUACGGUAGAAGCCGAGUCAUAUUGCGGGCAAUCCUGCAGGGGAGCAGAAUACUCAUGGCGGAGUUUGAACACGGUGUAAGUACAUGCAUACCAAUCUAUUACUGUAACAGGCAAAGAGGGUUGGUAUCAGUAUGCAGUAUUUCUAUUUGACAUGCGGUAUUACUUCCU